CAUUGUAUAUUGACAAAACUGAAAAUCAUGGAAGUGAAAAUAAUCUCAGAUGAGUUGAUCAAGCCAUCACUUCCAACCCCCCCUCACCUCACAACAUUCAAACUGUGCCUGUUAGAUCAGCUCAUCCCCGCCCCCUACGCCCCCAUUGUUCUUUACUACCCCAAUCUCGACCCUUCUUACGCCCACCACCGAGUCCUCGAAAGGUUGCUGCUCUUGAAGCGCUCCCUGGCCGAAACUCUGACGCGUUUCUAUCCCCUCGCCGGCGUUAUCAAAGACGACGACGAACUCUCCGUCCACUGCAACGACCACGGCGCUUUCUGUGUCACCGCCAAGGUCAACCGACGGCUCGGGGAGUUCCUUGGCCGGCCGGAGCUUGAGUUCAUAUCUGAGUUUCUUCCCUGCAGGCCGUGUUUUAGUGGAUCCUUGGCGGGGACGACGACUCGGCCGGUGACCAGUGUUCAAAUUAAUGUGUUUGUUUGCGGUGGGGUUGCGAUUGGGCUGUGCGUCUCGCACAAGAUUGUGGAUGGUUUUGGGUUGAGCAGUUUUCUGAGAAGCUGGGCGGGGACGGCCUGUGCAGCCAAGGAAAUUGUGUUCCCGAGCUUCGUCGGGAGUUCUCUUUUCCCGGCCGAGGAUCUGUGGCUUAGAGAUGCGUCCAUGGCCAUGUGGGGCUCCCUGUUCAAGACCGGAAAGUGCGUCACCAAGAGGUUUCUCUUCGAUUCCUCAGCAAUCACACGUCUCAAAACCAUGGCGGCCGCCACCGUGCGGCGCCCGACCCAGGUCGAGGUUGUCUCCGCAUGUAUCUGGAAAUCCGCAAUGCAGGCUGCAGCUUCCGACCAAGAUUCCGGUAGGCGGAGUUCUUUGCUGACGCACUUGGUAAACCUACGAAAAAGGGCGGCGCCGCCGUUCUCCGAACACGCGAUGGGAAAUCUAAUCUGGGUUGCGGCUGCCCAGACCGCAACAAGAACCGGCGGGGGAGAUUUACCCGGCCUAGUGAACCAAAUUCGAAACUCCAUAUCCAAAAUCGACGGCGAUUACGUGAAGAGUAUGAGGAGCGGCGAGCAAGGGCGGAACCUAAUGCGCAAGACCAUGAAAGACAUCGAAGAUUUCGCGGGCGGCUACCUGGGCUUCACAAGCUGGUGCAAGAUUGGUUUCUACGAAGUUGAUUUCGGGUUCGGGAAGCCUGUGUGGGUUAGCCCCACUUCCUCAACUGGCAGUGCGGUGUUCAUGAACCUCGUGGUGUUGAUGGAAACCAAAAAUGGGGAUGGAAUCGAAGCAUGGAUAACGUUGGACGAGGAAGAAAUGCAAAGGUUUGAAGAGAGUCAAGAUCUCCUGGGCUUUAAUUGCUGUCCCAAACUCUAGUCCUCGAUCUUGAACUAACACUUUUUGGUUUAAUAAUUGUUGGCUUCAUGUACUCUCAAAAAUCGCAAA